AAUGAAAUCCUUAACGGGAUCCUCUGACUUUUUAAUUGAUGUUGAAAAACAAGAAAGUCUUCUAGAUUCUGCAUUGAAAAUAGUCAAAAAUGAAUCUUUUGAAAUGAAAAGGUCUUUGGAUCAAAAUGAAUUAAUGGAUGCACUCAAACAUGCUGUGCAGAUGAUUUGUGAAUUGAGAACGUCAAUUUUAAUGCCAAAAUUUUACUACAGACUUUAUAUUGACGUUACUAACGAACUUCAACACUUUUUAACAUUUUUAACGGAUCGUUAUUUGGGUGAAGAACAAAAAUUUUCGGUUGCAGAAUUAUACGAGACUGUGCAAUAUACAGGAAAUAUUGUUCCAAGAUUAUAUCUUCUAAUAACUGUUGGCGUUGUCUACAUAAAAUCGGGCGAAUCUCCUUCCACAGACAUUCUUCACGAUUUGGUUGAGAUGUGUAGAGGAGUUCAACACCCUUUGAGAGGAUUAUUUCUUCGUAAUUAUUUAUUGACUUCCACAAAAGAAUUUAUACCCGACAAACCUCCACCUACCCUUUCUCUUUUACAAAAUAAAAAUAGAAAUUCAAUGAAUGAAGAUUUUGGUGAGGAUGAAGAAGAAAAUAAAUUGGAAGAUGUGGAGGAAGAAACGACUACUUGUGGGGAUGUUCGUGAUGCAAUAGAUUUUAUUAUGGUUAAUUUUGCUGAAAUGAACAAACUUUGGGUUCGGAUGCAACAUCAGGGGCCUAGCCGUGAGAGUGAAAAACGUGAACGUGAGCGCCGUGAAUUGCGUAUUCUUGUUGGAACUAAUUUAGUUCGUCUAUCACAACUACAAAAUCUUGAAUUGAGUCUAUAUCGUCAAAUUGUACUUCCCGGCAUUUUAGAACAAUCAGUUUCUUGUAGAGAACCAAUAUCUCAAGAAUAUUUAAUGGAAUGUGUUAUACAGGUUUUUCCAGAUAAUUUUCAUUUGGCAACUUUAAACGAAUUUUUGGAUGCUUGUGGAGAAUUACAUUCAAAUGUUAAAAUAAAAAAUAUUUUGGGACCACUUAUAGAACAUUUAACAUCUUUUGCAAUGACAGAAGAAAAUAGCUUGCCCCAAGAUAAUAAUCUCUUUAAUUUAUUUUCUAAACAUAUUGACAAAAUGGUUGAAUCUCGUAGUCAAAUGCCUUUUGAUGAAAUUAUUUCUAUACAGAUCGCCCUUCUGAGUUUAGCUUUGAAUUGUUAUAGAGAUCGUCCAGAAUUGGCUGACACAGUUUACUCAACAACAAUUCAAAUUGUAGAAAGACGAAAUAUUCAAAAUAUUUUGGCAAAUUCUUUAAUUGGACGCGAAUUAACAAAAUUACUUAAAUUACCUAUUGAAAACUAUAAUAAUAUUAUUGAAUUAUUGGCUUUGGAAUCUUAUUCAAAUAUUUUACAAUUAUUAGACAUUUAUGGACAAAGGAAAAUUGCAGCAUUUAUUAUUGAAAAUGCUUUAGAAAAUAAUACAUUAAUUGAAUGUGAAGAGCAUUUGGAUAAGUUAUUCUCUUUAAUUGAAUCUCUUUUAAUUGAUACACCAACAAAUAAUGACGAUAUUAUUCAACAAAAAACUUCUUUAUUAAAAUUAAAUGGUGGAGGAGGAGGACAAAACAAUAACGAUGAAAUAAAUAAUUUUAAUUUAAAUGAACAAAAAGAUUUUGAAGAACAACAAAUUUUGGUAGCCCGAUUAAUUCAUUUAAUACAAAGUGAACAUGUUGAAAUACAUUUUAAGUUGCUCAAUAAAAUGCGUAAAGUAUUUGGAUCUGGUGGAAAUGUUCGUCUACGUUAUACUUUGCCUCCAACAAUUUUUGUUGCUCAUAAAUUUGUACUUAAAAUUGAAGAAAUGAGAGAACAAAUUGAGAAUUUUGACUCAAGAUGUUCAAAAAUUUUUCAUUUUUGUAUUAAUACAAUAAAUGCGUUGAGACAACAAGCAGAAAGGCCAGCAUUAGCUCUCAGAUUUUAUUUACAAGCGUUCUCUGUUUAUGAAGAGGAAAUAUCAGAAAGUAGAGAACAAGUACAAUCUCUUACAUUACUUAUUGCUACAAUUACACAAAUAAAAAGUUUAGUUGAUGAAUCACAUGAACCUUUAAGAAAUCAAUGUGCUUUAUACGCUUCUAAAUUAUUAAAAAGGCCUGAUCAAGCACAAAUGAUAUGUCUUGUUGCGAGGGUUUUUUGGUAUUCUAGAGUGUCCGAUUUGGGCGGUGAAUGUAAAAAAGAUGGUGUACGUACAGCAGAAUGUUUAAAAAAGGCGACCAAAAUUGCAUCACAAUGUAUGGAAGAAUUAAUGCAGUGUAGCUUAUUUAUGCAUAUUUUGCUUGUUAAAAUACACUUUUUUGAAGAAAAAUGUUUUGAGGUUACCCGUCAAAGUAUAGAAGAAUUAAUUUUGCGUUUGAGAGAAGCACUUGUUCAAAUGGAUCCACAAAAUGAAGUUGACCAAAUAUCUGAGAAAUUGGAGAUGGCAAUUGAACGUUUUAAACAUUUAUGUAAACAAAGGGAAGAAACUGAGGAAGAUUAA